CUCUAAUUACAGGGCCAUGCAGAGCUCAGGACCCACGCACACAUCUCACUGUGAGCUCAGCAGCGUGUGUAUUUUCAGCUCAGGAAUGAAAACUCUUAAAAGCCAAGUAUGACAAUCUCACAUUUGUAUAAUCACUUUUUUUUUAUAGUGAUAUCUAUGCUGAUAGAAUAAAGUAGCAAGGAUGUUAUAGGUAUUGGAUUGGGGUUAGUCUUUUUUUUUUUUUGUGGUGGGAGGACCGGAUGGAGGGGGAGCCGAUAAAGGGGGCUCCUUUAGGGCGGGUUAUUCUUCCAUAAUGUGCUUCCCAUUCCAGCCCAACAGGUGGCGUAGUGAGCUCCUUUUCAGCUCUUUUGCCAUGAGGUUUAAAGAAGAAGCCGUGAACGGGGCGUAACUUUUGCCUUACAUAUCGAUGGGCGUAACCUGAUUGUUAAUGAUCGGAUCGGUGACCGUGGAUCACUGUACAGUGACAGGCGUUAGUAACAUGACAUUGGCUGUGUUCUAGUCAUCCCUGCGUCGGCUCUUUUUUUUAACAUCGAGCCCCUCUAGUGAGUAAGGAUUUGCUGCAACAAAUCGUUGAAGUCCCAUUGAACAUUGGCGCUUGUGAUGACCCUAUCACUCACACAACUUCGGGGACCAGGCAGACUAGCACUGACAACAUCCUUGUGAAGCCUUUUGAUGCGUGAUCCAUGUUACUUUAGAGUAGAUGAAGACUGUGGCAGUAUUAGGGGGGGGCAUUGGUGGCCUGGCAACAGCCUACUAUCUUUCCAAGAGUCCCCAAGUGGCCAAGGUGAUUCUCUUGGAGUCAAGCGGUCGUUACGGGGGCUGGCUGUGGUCCACCCAGCGGUCGGACGGGGCCGUGUUCGAGCACGGCCCCCGAGGCAUACGGCCGGCGGGAGCGGUCGGAUUAAACACGCUCAACCUGGUGCAGGACAUCGGCCUGGAGAAUGAAAUCCUCCCUGUCCCCUACAGUCACAACGCCUCCAAGAACAGAUACCUCUAUGUGAAUGAGAAACUACACAAGAUGCCCUCAGGACUAUGGGGAGCGCUCCAGACAGUCUCUCCCUUCUCUCGACCGAUCAUCCACAGCAUCGCUAAGGAGAUCCUGGUGAAGAAAGGCAAGGAGGACGAUGAGUCCAUCCACUCGUUUGUAUCUAGGAGGCUAGGAAAGGAGCUGGCGGACAUAGCCAUAGACAGCCUGUGUCGCGGCGUGUUUGCGGGGGACUGCAGGCGGCUGAGCGUGCGGUCGUGCUUCCCCCCGCUGUACCGGGCCGAGCAGAGCCGGGGCUCCAUCGUGCUGGGGAUGCUGCUGGGAUCAGGCCAGGACCAGGCGGUCCUCCCUGGGGCUCUGGCCAAGAGGUCCCAGGAGGAGUCGUGGGCGCAGUGGUCCUUGCUCAGGGGCAUGGGCAGCCUCCCAGAGGGGCUCGCUGAUUGGCUGCAGCAAAGCGGGAAGGCCCAACUCUGCAGCGAGGCUGCGGUUAAGGAGAUGCACCUCUCCUCGUCAGGCUGGGAGAUCCAGACGGAGGGCGGGACCAUAUCGGCUGACCACGUCAUCUCUGCCUUGCCAGCUGACGCCCUGGCCUCAGCCCUGCCUCCAGCCCUGGCGCCGCUCAGCAAACAGGCCCAGGAGAUCUCGUACGUGACGGUCGCCGUCGUGAACCUGGAGUACCAGGGCGCUAUCCUUCCUGUGGAGGGCUUUGGUCACCUGAUUCCAUCCACGGAGAAUAAAGGCGUAUUAGGAGUGGUCUACGACUCUGUGCCUUUCCCUCAACACAACAGCCCCAAAGGAGUCACCACUCGAUUAACGGUGAUGAUGGGCGGGGCCUGGUUCCAGGAAGUGUUUGGAUCACCUGACACUGUGUCCGAGGAGAGUCUCUUGGCAGUGGCGACCCAGGCGGUCCGUGCCCACCUGGGUGCGGGGUUCCCCCCCAUCUGGAGCAAGGUGGCCCUGCAGAAGAACUGCAUUCCUCAGUAUUACCUUGGGCACUGGAAACGUGUCGAGAGCAUGCGUCGGUACGUGGCAGAGAAGAACCUUCCUCUGUCUCUCGUGGGAUCCUCCUACGACGGGGUCUCUGUUAAUGAUGUCAUCAACAGUGGACGCGUAGCCGUGGAACAGCUUCUGGGACCCACACCUUGACUUGAAGAAUCAUUUGGAGAGUUGUAUAUUUUCAGUUCAUUCAGAUUUCUUUGUAUUUUGGUUUGGAAAAUUAUUUCUUUAUCUUUGCAGUGUAAUCGUAUGUGAAAUAUUGGCAAUAAAGAUGACAAAACACAA